AUGUCAGCAGACGAGCUACAAGACUGGCUCGGCAGCGAAGAGUCCGAGGGAGCCGGCUGGUCCAAGGAUAACGGCUCCGGCGAAACAAUCGGUCAUGAUUCAGGCCGUAAAAUUGUUGCCAUCUUGCAGAAGAAUCCAAAGAAAGAAGCUAGUAAAUACGACCAGGAAGACAUCGAUCACAUGCGCAAGGUAGUAGCAUAUUGCAAGAGGCAUCUUGCGCAAGAAGAGAAGGCGAAGAAAGACACCGAUAGUAAGAGCUAUAAGAGUUUGAAGAACUGGGGUCACGAUGCGCAGAAGGCUUGA